AUGCCACCACGCAGCCGGCACUCGAAAUCCGCCAGCGUCGCGUCCAGCACCGGCGGCAGCACCGCCGUCGCAAGCAACGGAGAAAUGCUCCCGCCCGCCGGUGCAGCGUCCCCAAGUACUUCCAAGGCCAGCUCGCCCGCCACGCGCAAACCGCGGACGGGGUCGCGUUCAAGCAAUACCUCUCCUGCAGCCACCGGCUCGCCCGUUGUGGUGAUUCCCGCACCUAAGCAUAGGAACCCACUGAACAAUCCCGCGACCGCGGUCUCCGCGUACGACGUCACUGCAGAAGCGGCGAAGUUCGUGGUGACGGUGGUAUUGAGCACGAUCCUCGAAGCUACAUUGCAGACUGUCGCGGGCAGUGUCGGCGUCGGCGACCUGGCUGCCGUUUCCAAGAGGCCAGAGUCCUGGCUUGAGAUCGGGGCCCUGUUGGGGUGGAAGGUCGUGCUGCUGGGCAUAUACUGGUUCUGUGGAUUUGACGCAUACGACGUCGCCUCCCUGACACUCCUCGUCAGCACACCCACCACCCUGCUCCUGGGGCUCUUUUACGCUAUCUCUCCUGCGACCCUCCUCAGCACAACUCUCUCCUCCAUCCUCUCAACCUCAACGCCUUACUAUUUCCUCCGCCCUUUGUCCCCAAGCCACACACCCGGCUCCGCGCCCAAAUCCAGCCUCCGGAAUCGCCCCAUCCUGACCGACCCAUACACAACCAUCGCAACCUCGCUCCUCGCGAGCGCCAUCUUCGCCGUCCUGCUGGAAGCCUCCUUCGCCACAUUCUUGCCCGAAUUCCUCGUCGCGCACUUCUUGGGACUGAGGACAAUCGAGGCCGCGCACUUGGGUCCCUCGGGGCUGCCUACACUCCUGCUUGCGCUCCUCCCCGCCGGCGUCGCGGCGCAGGAGUACAUCUUUGCGCCUUCGACCGCAACACCAUUGCAAUCCCCUCCGGGGAUAGAGUUCGACCCCGUGACCGCCUCGUUCGCCGCACACGUAUACCACAACGCGUGGGGCUGGUACUCUGCGCGCCAGAAGGAGCUGAUUUCGCGGACGACCAUCCUGACGGUCUUGAUCGUGGCGCAGACGCUGCUACAUGUUGGCGGCACAAUCAAUGGUGUUGAUGUGGAAGGUGCGCUUGGCUACGCGAGCAUCUGGGGUUCUGGGGUUAUCAUGGUGGGCGCGGUGCUAGACUGGGUGGGUGGGCCGAGUGACUGA